AUGUAUCACCCGGAUGUCACGAAGGAUCCAAAGUCUAAGGAGAUGUUUCAAGCGGUCAGUGAGGCAUAUGCCGUCCUUGGCGACGAUAGAAGAAGGAGAACAUAUGAUCGCUCACUAGCUGAGGCGUCUGGCGCAAACCAUCGAGGCGCCACCGCCCACCAUUCGUAUUACUCUGCGCAAUGGUCGUACGAGUCCCGUCGGAGGGGUGCCACUUAUGCGUGGGAGUAUGCACGCCGACCCGGCACCUCACAUCAGAGACCUCCACCAGGCUACUCGCAGCAUGCUUCAGGAUCUUCGACCCAGCAUCCUCACAGGCAUCAUUACGAUCCGUUCGCGUCCCCUAACGUCCAGCGAGCGACUGGUCGACGGAAAGCAUCGCAGUCGCAAGAUGAAUUUACGGAUGCGGAUCGUGUAAGUAGCGAGUCCGGCUUCUGGAGAGUAGUACAAGUCUUUGGAAUUGUGAUGGUUAUUGCGACCGUCGGCGGUGGAUUCAGUGCGAAUGCCACGUAA